AUGAAAACACAGAAGCUCACGAAUGUGCCUGACUUCAUCCUCCUGGGGCUGGCCGAUUCUGAAAAGACCCAACUGGGCCUCUUCCUGCUCUUUCUCCUCAUCUACCUGGUCACGGUCCUGGGGAACGCAGGGAUGAUCCUGCUCAUCCGCCUGGACACCCAGCUGCACACGCCCAUGUACUUUUUUCUCACUCACCUGUCCUUUCUCGACCUCAGCUACUCCAGUGUCAUCACCCCUAGAACCUUACAGGACUUAGUGUCCUCCACCAAGAGCAUCUCAUUCCUCGGCUGCUUCAUGCAGAUGUUCUUUUUUAUCUUCUUGGGUAGCACGGAAUGCCUUCUCCUCUCCUGCAUGGCCUAUGACCGCUAUGUGGCUAUCUGCAGCCCUCUGCACUACCCAGUCAUUAUGUCCCCUAGACUGUGCCAGGCUCUGCUUGUGAGCUCCUAUACAAUUUCUUUCAUAGAAUCCUGUGUGAAUGCAGUUUUUAUGAGCAACUUGGAAUUCUGCAAUUCCACACUCAUCUGUCACUUUUUCUGUGACACAUCCCCAAUUGUAGCCCUGUCUUGCAGUGACACCUAUGUGGCUGAACUCAUUAUAUUCACUUUUGCUGGUUCUACCUUAGUAGUGUCCCUUGUCACCAUAACUGGAUCUUACAUGUCCAUCCUUUCCACUAUCCUGAAAAUUCACUCCACUGCAGGAAAGCAAAAAGCCUUCUCUACCUGUGCCUCCCACCUGCUGGGCUUCACCAUCUUUUACAGCACUACACUGUUCACUUACCUGAAACCUAAACAGUCCUACUCCCUGGGCAAGGAUCAGGUGGCUUCUGUGUUUUACACCAUCGUGAUCCCCAUGCUGAACCCCCUCAUCUACAGCCUCAGGAAUAGAGAAGUUAAAAAAGCUGCCAUUAGAGUCUGCGGAAAAGAGAUGAAAAUCUCUUGUGUGAAGUUCCAGGUGGCGUUGAAUACAGUCUGUGGCCCAGGAGGAGAGAAAACCUCAGUUACCCUCCUGCCUGAGUCGUAUUUCUCACAUAAGAGAAGUCGUGCAUUCCUGGACAUUGGUCCAAGCCAACAGACGCCCAGCUCUGUGAGCAGACUGAGCAGGGAGGCGUCACUAGGUAGGAUGGUGAGAGCUAACAGUCAGUUAAAGCUGAGAUAUAUGGUGUAUGAAAAGAAGAGAGAUUCCAGUGUUCCACAGCCCCAGCAUAACUGGCUUCUCAGUGUGGAGGGGAAUGCACCCUAUGCCCACUGA